AUCAACAAUCACUAUUCACCACGACCUCUUUCACAGGUUUUUAAUUAACCACCAUGGAAUUCCUGCAGCGGAGUGUACAUCUUCAAAGAAAAGCCAUUUUAAGAUAUUUGUUAAAACAGUGUCGAUUCAACUCUAGCAAUGCUUCAAAUAAUUUUAAUCAAUCGCUUGCUGAAAGAAAUGCUGCAAUAAAGGAAGCAGGCACAUGGAAAGAUGAACGAGUCAUCACUUCUAAACAGGGACCAGAAAUUUCUGUUCAAGGAUCACAAAAUAGAAUAUUGAACUUUUGUGCUAACAACUAUUUGGGUUUAUCAUCUCAUCCUGAAGUGAUCAACGCAGGCAAAAACGCUUUGGAUAAAUAUGGAGCUGGCUUAAGUUCUGUUCGAUUCAUCUGCGGAACACAGGAUAUUCACAAGGAACUCGAAAAUAAGAUAGCUCAGUUUCACGGUCGAGAAGACGCCAUAUUGUAUCCAAGUUGUUUUGAUGCAAAUGCUGGUCUGUUCGAGGCAAUUUUGGAACCAGAAGACGUUUUGAUUAGCGAUGAAUUAAACCAUGCUUCGAUCAUUGACGGCGUGCGAUUGUGCAAAGCUAAAAAGUUGCGAUAUAAACACAGAGAUAUGAAAGACUUAGAGUCCAUGUUGUCAGAAAACAAGGAUGCCAGAACAAAACUCAUUGUAACUGAUGGUGUGUUCAGCAUGGACGGAAAUGUGGCGCCUCUGAGAGACAUUGUUUCUCUGGCCGACAAAUAUGAAGCGAUCAUUUUCGUCGACGAGUGUCACGCCACGGGAUUCUUUGGCAAAACGGGAAGGGGGACCGAGGAGUUCUUUGGGUACAAAGGACGUGUUGAUAUCAUAAACUCUACUCUGGGAAAAGCGUUGGGUGGUGCAGCAGGUGGAUAUACCACAGGUUCGAAGGAGUUGAUCGCUCUGUUACGCCAAAAAUCUCGACCGUAUCUUUUUUCAAAUACCUUGCCACCUCCUGUUGUCGCCUGCGCUUCCAAGGUAUUUGACUUGCUGAUGGAUGGCACUGACCUCACAACGAAGGUUGCUGAAAAUACAAAGUUAUUCAGGGACAAAAUGACUGAAGCUGGUUUCACAAUUGCUGGUGAAGAUCAUCCGAUAUGUCCAGUAAUGCUAGGAGACGCUCGUCUAGCCGUCGAGUUUGCUGAUGAAAUGUUGAAGAGAGACAUAUAUGUUAUUGGAUUCACAUUUCCAGUUGUUCCUGUGGGUAAAUCCCGUAUACGAGUGCAAAUAUCAGCUUCGCACAGUCGAGAGGACAUCGAGAAAUGUAUAAACGCUUUUAUCGAAGUCGGAAAAAAGAAAGGGGUCAUCAACUAAUAAUCUAAACAAUAAUUGUGUUCGUAAAAUUUACCUUUAGUUGAAUAUACAGUAGCUAAUAUAUUUAUCGGGUCUCCCCAAAAAGAGACCAUUCGAAAGUAGUUCUUUGUAAUACUUAGAAUGUCAAGGUAAAUAAUAAAUACAGUAUUAGAAACGUUAAUUUUACGGCCGUUGCUUUAACUAAGACUCAGUGCUAUUUAAAAUUACGUAGCCAUGAAUUUUGUGGGUACUCUUACGUAGCCAUAAAUUAUUAAAAUGAUGCAUUUCAGUUGAGGAGGACGCCUCGUAAAUGUAAAAAUAUAACUAUGGCGCAAGAUUUAUUCCAAAUAAACACUUUUGAACGCUGUAUUCAAGUUGUUGUGGGU